UUUAAAAAACAAAGGGCAGUCAGUACAAUACAGUCAGAGGAGUUUUCAUACAAUUUUUUCACUUCUUAAACGCAGACUCUGGAAUUGGAAGCAACACGAUGGCCGACAACUCCAAAGGCGUGGAACACGCCACCAGCUGGUACUCCAGCUUCUACAAUUCCAUUAAACAAACGCCCAUCAAUGUUACCCUUAUAAUUAUAUCGACCAUCGUGUUCUACAAGGUGGCGAGUCUUAGCCGACGUCUGGGUCGACAUCGUAAGGAUCAGGAUCAGGCCAAGGCACCAGGUCCAAUCGACUUCUGCGAGGAUGAUGGUCAGGAGAAAGCGGAUGUGGAUCUUCCGCCCCUGCGGCAGGACUUUACGGUUCCGGAACUUCGGGAAUAUGACGGCACCCGGGCGGAUGGUCGCAUUCUGGUGGCCGUUAACUUUAAUAUCUACGAUGUGUCGCGAUCCGUGCACUAUUAUGGACGAAAUGGCGUUAAUCCAAACUAUGCCGGUCGGGAUAUUUCGCGGCAUUUGAUCAAUUUACCGGUGAACUUGAAUGCCAGUGAGGAUUUUGAUUACUUGAGUGACCUCUCAAACAGCCAAAUGAACACUUUGAGGGAGUGGGAACAGCAGUACAAGGAAAAGUACCCAUUUGUUGGAAAACUUAAGGAGGACGAGGCGGAUUUGGAAUUGGAGCCCGCUGUUCCGCUGGUGGAUUACAUAUGACUUUCUUUCUAAAUGAUAUGCGCAUUGAUCCAAUAAGAGUAGUAUCCAUAAUUAAAAGAAUAAAGGUCCCAGAAAAAGUUUA